AUGCAGAAGCUGCGUGAAGUCAACGUGCCAUUCAUCGACAAGGAUGCCCUGACUUAUCUGGGUGGACUUUCAACUGUUACCCACAUCUCUUCGGAACUGCCCGCCGGCAGUGAUCUCGAAGAUAUUCUUGGCCCAUCCUGCAACUCCAUUCUCUUCGAAAACUUUGACACUGUUGAUUGGGAGAUCAGUGACUGGAGAGAUGUCGAAGUCUUCACACGUCUAUGGCCCCAUAAACUCACUGCCCUACAAUUGCGAUCCGAGCAAGAGUUCGAACCAGAUCUAAUGCAGAUACUUUUUGACUCGCUCCAUACACGCGAGGCUUUUAGGUCUGUGGAUAUCGACACGAAGUCCUAUCUUAACAUUGACGAGGAUGACCUGAUGGAAAUGGCGGAAGCCUGGCCUUGUCUUGAGGUGUUGUUCCUCAAUGAGAUGGUCGGGCACAUGGCUUCCAAGGCACCCGUGCCACGAUAUGUCACACUGCCCGGGGUCGUCAGAUUCGUCGAGCGGUGCCUUCUCUUGAAGAAAAUUUGCAUCAGUAUCUCACUCGCCGACGUGGACAAAGAGUAUGACAUGGAAUUGGACAAACUACUUGACCUCGAGCCCCGUGACUCACAUGCGGCUUUAGAUCAUGUCAAGUUGAGAUGCACUCGUGAGGAUGAGAUAUUGGAGUUAAAUGCCCCCGAUGAGUGCGAGAAGGCAGGUGGGCUCUCGUUGUUCGAGAUUCUUUUGGCAAAGCUUUUCCUGGGGUGA